CGCAUGUGCAGCAAAUCGUGUUAUUUGUUGCUGGCUGCAGACGGCAAAUUGGUAAACAAAUUUCCACCCCGAGCAGAAGUUAUUGACCCGCAGAGAUUGUCAGUUUUUUUGUAGACACUGCACCUCACGCAAACGAAAGCACCUCAAUCAAAAUGCCACGCUCUGCCUGGGUGCAAAUUUGCCUCCUGCUAACCGUCACAAUCGCCACCACAGUAUGGGCAGCCGAUGCCGACAAAGUAGUGUUUCAGUUUCCCGAGUAUGAUUUUAAGGAGACGAGCAAAAAUGAGCUCACAUUCCGGGAGUACGAAUCAGCCUGCGACCAAAGCAAUCGAUGUGCGGAGUUUGAUGGCAUCGAAAGGACACGGUGCGUGCGGGAAUGCAUCUCACCGUCCUGCUACCAGGAGAUAUACAAGUUCGAUGAGCUCGAGGAAGGCGAAAUCGAUGUACGACUGAACUCAUUCCGUGCCUGUUUUAUGCAACGACUCAAUCGCAACCGUGGCUAAAAAUCAAGCAAAUCGCAUUUGUGGUCAUUUGGAAAGCAUAGUAUUCGAUCGACACUCUCGGCCUGAUCACUGUUCAGUAUUUGUUAGUAGUUGUAGUAGUAGCCAAUCUAGUAGUGGGACACUUUUCAGCGUCUUUACUUACCAAUUCCUUCCGUCGAAAGCGGACCUAACAUGAAUCAAUCAAUUUUUGGUAAUAAAUAGUGUCAUAAAACCUGCUUUUCGGAUUUUUUCUCUCUACAUAAACCUUCAAAAGCUGUAUUUUUCAAUGCUUUAUUUUUUCCAUCAAAUCCAUAAGUUCAUCUUUAUUCGGGUAAGAUGAGAAUGAACUACUACUUGUGAAACAGAAAGCUCAUAGGUAAAUGCAGGUGAGAAAAAUGAGGAAAAGACAAAAAAAACAAGAAUGAAUGCAUAAAAA